AUGGCUAUCUCAGCCAUGGAAUUUGGCAGUAAGGCGGUUGCAAAGUCCAUGGCUUCCAGCUGCAGCACCAGAUUACAUCUUCCAACUGUGGCAAGUGACAUUUGCUGUGCCAGGAAGGGAAAGCUACGGCAGUUUUGUGUGAAGACUGGUGGCGACAAUUGCAAAGUGAGUGCGGAUAGAGUCCAUGGAAGCAAGAUGAAUGAAGUGGUGCAUGGUAUUGAGGCUUCUUUGACCAUGGGGAAUGGAACUGCAGUGCUCCAGGAUGAUGAUGGUGGAGUAAUGCACACUUACAGGCUUGGGAGGUUUGUGGAGGAGAGAUACGUUUACAGGCAGACCUUUGUGAUCAGAUCUCAUGAGAUUGGACCUGAUGAAACAGCAACCAUGGAGACCCUCAUGAAUCUCCUGCAGGAGACAGCUCUGAAUCAUGUCAUGAGCUCUGGCCUUGCUAGUGAUGGAUUUGGUGCGACACAUGAGAUGAACCUUCGGAAACUAAUAUGGGUUGUUACUAGAAUUAAUAUUCAGGUUGAGAAGUACAGUCACUGGGGAGAUGUGGUUGAGAUUGAUACAUGGGUAGCAGCAUCCGGGAAGAAUGGUAUGCGUAGAGACUGGAUGAUCCGAGAUUGUAGCACACAAAAGAUAAUAACAAGAGCUACAAGCAACUGGGUAAUGAUGAAUAGAGAAACAAGAAGGUUGUCUAAGUUACCUGAACAGGUAAGGGAAGAGGUAAAACCCUUCUAUCUGGACAGGAGAGUAUUUUUUGAUGGCAGCUGUGACAAUGAAAAAAUCGAGAAAUUGACUGAAGAAACUGCAGUGAACAUCAAAUCUGGUUUAGCACCAAGGUGGAGUGACAUGGACGUCAAUCAACAUGUAAACAAUGUAAAAUACAUUGGAUGGAUUAUGGAGAGCGUUCCCGUAAAUGUACUGGAAAACUAUCAUCUCACCAGCAUGACUCUUGAGUACCGCAGAGAAUGCAGGCAGUCGAAUCUUCUUGAGUCCCUCACAUACCUUACUGCAGCCGAGGAAGACCCUGUGAAUGUGAAUACAAGUUUGCACAGCAUCCAGCUGCGAAGCACACACUUGCUUUGCCUGCAAGAGGAUAAAGCAGAGGUUGUGCGUGGCAGAGCAAAAUGGAAGUGCAAGUAG